AGUGGUCACGUGACCGGGUUGGUCCAUUUUUUAUCACUGUUAGCUGCGUAAAUAAAAUGAUCUGUGAUUGAUGACGAGGCAGUCAAACUAGAUUUAUUUGCAACAUUACACCAAUGCAUGCUGCAUUUAAACAACAGUGAUGAUCUGAAAGUGAUCAGAAAUCUAAACAGAAAAGAAACUUAAAAACAGGGCAUAACUUGAUGAGUCACGUUUUGAUAAUGUAUUUAUAGUGAUCAUUAGUGCUAUACUGUCGAUUUAGUGAAAUAGUAAUGAUGAUUUAUAUAAGAGUUUUACAAAUAAUUUUCAUUUUAAAGUUAACUUUCAGUGUCCCGGCACACUGUAUCUUUAACCCUGAGUCUAUCCAGGCAGGUUUGUGAAAGAUUGUUCAUCCAUGAAUAUCCAUGAAUAGAUCUCAAACUUCCUGCAUCCCUCUUGUAACCACCAGACUCUCUGGGAGGCAGGCACAUACUCCAUCUCUGUCUGCUCCUUAGCAUAUGAAGAGGUUUAAAGAGAGAGGCCCAUCAUUAUGCUUCCAUACUUGACGAGCUCCCUAAAUGCCAACAAGCAGACCAGUUUGCAAAGAGACUGAAAGAUCUUCAGACCUACGGAAAUGGAUAAGAACACAGUCACACGGACAUUCAGCAUUGGAGCUAUCUGCAGCGGAUCCAAAUCUUCGGAUGAUUUCUGCACAACACGCAGGCACAGCAGCGCAGGGAUCCGUGCACUCUUGUGGGCUACCAGCAGUGCGAAGUCCUUCGGGUGUUCUCUAGGAUCAGACUCCCAGACAAGCCGGGAGAACAUUUUUCCAAAUAUCCUGACACCUGACAGCAUCCCACAGUUCACUAUACCAAGCCUGUCUGUGCAGAACAGCUUAAGAUCAUUGGACAAAGAGACCCAGGAGGAUUAUACAGAGUCAGAAGAAGGCUUAGGGAGUUCUUUGUCACGCUCAUCUCUAUAUACUUCUGCGACCUGUUCCACGCUCUCAUCGUCUGCGUCAUCCUCAGGCCUCAGUUUGGUUCUGUCAGACCGUAAGGCAGAGCGGAGUAUCUCAGACCCCUUUUCCCAGAGGAGAUCUCUUCUGCAAAGGGAAGCGUCCCAUCCCUGCUCCUACACCGAGGCCCAGCACUGUUUGGACCCUGCCAGCAGAGCCGCCCUCUCCCUGCCACACUUGCCCAAGAUCACCACCCCGUAUGGCUUCAUCACCCUGAGCCAGAGCCCUCAGAUGGCGAGUGAGGAGGCACUUCUGUGCCAAGCUGGACUACGGCGCUUUAACAAAGAUGAGGAGACUGCAUGCUGUAUUAGCAAAACUCCAGGGACGAGAACAGUAGACAACAAAGGCAACUCCUCUCACCUGUCAGGAGACAAGAAGACACUGUCUACAGACACAAAUGACCUUCAGAUUAAAGAGCCAAUAAAUGGAGAGAUAAAAACAUCCGCAGCUUCCUCCACCAACAGCACCCUUUCAUCCUCGUCUAUACCCAGACACCCAGACGGCAGGCGUAAAAAGCGCUUCUACGAGGUCAUACGGAAACACUUCACCUCAUUAGGAGUGAAAACAUGGGAAUGACUGUGUUAUAAGACAACUUCACUUGAUUUACAUUGUGCCUCAUUCGUGUAAAACAGUGCUGACUGCCUUCUGUUUCCUCAUGAUACACAGAUUUUGUCUUGUGCCAGUAUGCCAGUAAAUGUAUUAGCUGUUGUCACUUAAAAAAAUAAACCAAUCUGAACAGACUG